GUUGCAUUUGACAGUGACGUUUAUUUUUGCGGUUAAUAUUUUUUAUAGAUUUUUUACCCCUAAAACGUAUUUUUCACGUUAAAAUUUAAGCUAAAACUAUUUUUCAACAAAACUAUGUACAGUUUUUGAUAAAUUCGUAAACAAUUAGUGAGUAAUUCUAGUUUUUAUAUGUAAGGUGUGUCUAAGGAAAAAUGAGUAAUAUACAACUUAAUUUUACCGGUGAUUUGCACAAAAAAUUCCUUCUUAAUUUCUUUAAGUCCUUACCCUCGUUUUAUGCACAUUUAGAAUCCAACAGGCUAGUGCUAGCAUUUUUUAGUGCUGCAGGUUUAGAAGUAUUGGGCGAAUUAGAAUCCUUAAAACCUGAGAAAAAGGAGGCUUUUGUACAGUGGUUAUAUUCCCUACAAGUCGUAGAUGAUAAAAAUAAAGUAAGCGGAUUUCAAGGUACCUCAAUACUUAAUUCUGCAGAAAAUAGGGGUCAAAAUAGUGAUUAUCGAUGGGGGCACAUUGCAACAACCUAUGCAGCCCUAUGCACUUUACUAGUCUUAGGAGAUGAUUUAAGUAGAGUUAAUAGGAAAUCCAUUAUUGAAAGUCUGAAAUAUUUACAAUUGGCUGAUGGUUCUUUCAAAGCCGCUAAAGAGGGUACUGAAGAUGACAUGAGGUUUGUUUACUGCGCAGCCGCAGUGAGUCACAUGUUAAAUGACUGGAGUGGAGUCAAUGUAGAUAGGAUGGUUGAUUUUAUUAUUAAAAGCAUAUCAUAUGAAGGGGGUAUAGGACAAGGGCCAGGUCUGGAGGCGCACAGUGGUUCGACGUUUUGCGCUGUUGCCGCGUUGGCGUUGAGUAAAAACUUGCACCGGCUAAGUCGGACGCAAUUCAAGAAUUUACGGAGGUGGCUCUUGAACCGACUCAACGGCGGUUUCAACGGUAGACCGAACAAACCGUUCGACACCUGCUACUCGUUUUGGACAGGGGGCGCCUUAAAGAUUUUAAAGGCCUACGACUUUAUCGACACGAAAGAGUGUCAGGAUUUCAUUUUGACCACCCAGGACAAAUAUGGCGGGAUUUCCAAGUACAUUAAUGUGGUGCCGGACCCCAUGCACACCUAUUUGGGGUUGUGCGGACUGAGUUUGAUGGGGGUUUAUGAGUUAAGUCCCAUUUUUUGUGAGCUGAUGAUAAGUGAGAGGGCCAAUAAUCACUUGAAAAACAUACAAGAGAAAUGGAAACGCGAUUAGUUCAUUUGUUGCUUUCAUGUUUUAAACCAACAUGGAACCCCCUC